CCCAAGAUGCUACUCCUGAACCCCCUCCUAUUAGCCGCCGCAUCUGUGGUCUUGGGCAUCCUAUAUAUCUGGCAAUGUGUCGCCUCCCCCUUACGGACACUUCCCGGUCCCAAACUAUCCCUCUUCACCUCGUGGGUUCUCAAGUAUCACGAGUUUUAUGCCCUCCGAACGAGAUAUGUUCAUCUUCUCCAUCAAAUAUAUGGACCCGUGGUUCGGAUAGCACCGAACGAGGUCUCGUUCGCAUCUGCUGGGGGCAUCAAGGAGAUAUACGGCUCCGGGGGCAGUGGCUAUAAUAAGACCGAGUUCUAUAAUCUCUUCCAGGUAUACAAUAAAAGAACUAUGUUCAGCACCUUGUGCAAAGAGGAUCAUGCUCGGAGGAAAAGAGUACUCGCUGAUCGAUAUGCCAAUUCCAAUAUCUUGAAGCCGGGCUCUCUCGAUGGAAUCAGGGAACGCUCAAGGAGGUUUAUGGAAAGAUGUUCGAGAUCCGUCGGCGGGAGUGUCGAUGUUUUUGUAAACCUUCAUGACUACGCGUUUGACUGUGUCACUCAUCACCUGUUCCACCCUUAUGGCUCAGAUUCUCUACGAGACGAGAAGGACGAGGAGGUCAUGAAGCAGGUUACCUUUGACGACAGUCUUCAGAACCGUCUGGUUCGAUACUAUUCCCCGACUCUUCACAGCAUGAUGGGUAGCAUCUUGUCGCUCUUCUCCAAACCACGCGAGACACCCCUCGCUGAUGACCUGGUCAUAUCUGCCUGUGCUAAAACUGGACCAGCCCAGUUCACUCUUCUGAGCCGAAUGCAAGACAAGACUUACGGCAUGGAGCAUAUCGAGAUGGCUGCUGAAUGUCUCGACCACAUGGCUGCCGGGAUCGAUACGACCGGCGAUGCCUUAUGCUUCCUCAUGUGGGAGAUCUCGCAGCCCAGCUCCUUUUACGUCCAACGACAUCUUCAGGAAGAACUCCGAGCGAACCCCGACGCCAGCUUCGACAAGCUUCCCUACCUCGACGCUGUCGUCUCAGAGGGGCUGCGCUGCUUCCCCGCUAUCCCCAUGUCUCUCCCUCGGUACGUCCCUGCUGGAGGUCGCACCAUCGACGGCUACUUUAUCCCGGAGGGGACGAUAGUGAGUUGCCAGGCAUACUCCACCCACCGCAUCGACGAAUCUGUCUUCCCCCACCCCGACAUGUUCGAUCCGGACCGUUGGUUGCAGGAGGUAGGGGAGUCGGAUAGGAAGCGGCUCUUCUUCGCUUUUGCUAGCGGUGGUAGAGGUUGCGUUGGAAAACAUCUAGCAAUUGCCGAGAUGAAGACUCUGCUUCGGGACGUCUACUCCCGAUACACCACGAUACCCGAUCCCUCGAUGUCCGCCGACGACAUGCAGAUGUCGGAUAAUCUGAUCUCAUCGCAGCCGAGGGGGAAGAGAUGUCUCUUGACUAUGAUACCAUUGGACACUGGUCGUGCUUAAGUACCACUAGGUGGGUAUCCAUGUUGGCAUGGCAUCUAUGUUGGUGGGCAAGCGCCUUACUUGGACUGGCAUUUUUUACGAAAUGUUGUUCAUCAUAUUUAUAUUCACAUAUGGGUAUACUAUUAAGGUCUAUAUAGCCCCUGAAUGGGAUUCUGUAGUAGGAUUUAGGUGUGUAUGUCGCACAAAUCUAAGACAUGAAUCAUGUGAUAAGUCAUCUUUCGCUUAUCUCGGGAACCUCACAAGUUCAACUACAUACAUAGCCUAGGCGACUACUGCUACUAGUUAGCUAGGUUAGGUGACUAGUAAUGGGUAGGUAGGUUGUAGUAGGUAUGUAUAACAUAUCUAUA